AUGAUAAUAUCAUCUGCUUCAUUUUCUCACAUUAAUAUCACCUAUAAAUUAAAAAUUUUGCAAUCCAAUAAUCUACCAAUUUUCAAUAUGGCUACGCUAUCGUUUAUCAUUCUUGCAGUAUUCUUUGCAUUAGUUUCAUCGAAUAAUGAAAACAAUAUUAUUCAAAUUAUCAAUUCAGGCUCUACGAAUACUGCUGGCUAUAUAAUUGAAUUACAACGAGAUGGUAAUGUCAAAUGGACUGUUGCUCCUCGAACUCAUCAAGUGUUUUCAACAACACCAAGUAGUACAACUACACAAAAUAGCAUUCAACUUUCAUUAUCUCGUACAAAUAAUAUUUUUCAAGCUGCUGAACAAGCUUUACCAUUCAGUCAAUAUGCACCAAUUUUUUGUAUUAAAAGUGUUUCAUUUGGUACAACACUUCAUGUUACUUACAAUGAACAACAAACACCUGACUUGAGUUGUCCACUAAAAGAUCAACGAUUAAUUAAUUUAAACAAAUAUAUACAUGAGCUAAUUAGUGAUCUUCAUAUUAAUACAUUUGGUUAA